GGCGGGGGCGGCGGCGGCGGCGGCGGCGGCGGCGGGAGGGGGUGCGGGCGCUGGGCCCUGUUGUGUGGGAGCCGCUGGGGCCGCGCCGCUGCCCGUCCGCGGCGGACCGGCCCCGCUGCCCCCCGCCAUGGAGGACCCGUCGCGGCUGCUGACGGCGGCGCACGGCGCCGGGGUGACCCUACCCGGCGGCAUCCCGGCGCCCCCGCCGCCCGCCGCCGGGGAUCCGGCCGCCGCGCCCCCACCGGGGCCGCCGCCCGCGCACCACGAUACGGGCGACGUCCUGCAGCAGAUCAUGGCCAUCACCGACCAGAGCCUGGACGAGGCCCAGGCCAGAAAGCAUGCCUUGAACUGCCACAGAAUGAAGCCUGCUCUCUUCAGCGUGCUGUGUGAGAUCAAGGAAAAAACAGUGUUAAGUAUUCGCGGUAUUCAGGAAGAAGAUCCCCCAGAUGCUCAACUAAUGAGACUAGAUAACAUGUUGCUGGCAGAGGGUGUCUCCGGGCCCGAGAAAAGAGGAAGAGGAGGACCGAUGGCUGUAGCAGCAACAUCAGGUGGCUGUCCAAAUGACAAUAGCAUUGAACACUCUGACUACAGGGCCAAGCUGUCACAGAUCCGACAGAUAUACCACUCUGAGCUAGAGAAAUAUGAACAGGCCUGCAGUGAGUUCACCACCCACGUUAUGAACCUGCUUAGGGAACAGAGUAGGACAAGGCCGAUUUCGCCGAAAGAAAUAGAGCGCAUGGUGAACAUAAUCCACGGCAAGUUCAGCACCAUCCAGAUGCAGCUGAAGCAGAGCACGUGCGAGGCAGUGAUGAUCCUGCGCUCACGCUUUCUUGAUGCAAGGCGUAAACGACGUAACUUCAGCAAACAGGCAACGGAAGUACUGAACGAGUAUUUUUACUCGCAUCUGAGUAACCCUUACCCCAGUGAAGAGGCCAAAGAAGAGCUAGCAAAGAAAGGUGGCAUCACAGUUUCACAGGUUUCCAACUGGUUUGGUAACAAAAGAAUUCGAUAUAAAAAAAACAUGGGGAAGUUCCAAGAAGAAGCCAAUAUUUAUGCCGCAAAAACGGCAGUGGAUGCAACUAAUGUCGUGGCUCAAGGCAACCAGGCAAAUUCUCCGUCUACACCAAAUUCAGCUUCCUCUGGCUCUUUUAAGAUGACAAAUUCCGGAGAUUCCUUUAUAAAUUUGCAGUCAUUGACUUCCUACCAGAGCUCCCCAGUGGGAGCCAAUGUGCAGUCGCAGAUGGAUUCCUUACAUCAUGUCAUACACCAGACAGGAAGAUACGACACAAUUGUGGGGAAUCCUUUGUAUACGACGCAGCGCAUAGAUGUAAGAUGUACUGAGGCUAAUGGCAGCUGGCAGGAUGCUACCACCCCUUCAUCAAUCACUUCACCUGCUGGAGACCCUGGAAGUGUUAAUUCGGAUGCGUCUAAUUAAGUUUUUAGGACCUAUUGAUGAGAGGAAAGAGGUCAUUAGUGUAAUUUGUCAAUGUUGCUCUUUUGCCAAUACUAUUGUUUAUACAACUUGACACACAGCUAAUUACCUCAGAAAAACCCCUGGAACCAAUAGAAGAUUGUGAUUACAAUGAUACCUCUCUACCUCUCAGCCUCACACAGUUGAGUUCUUUUUACUUAUGCCCAUUGGGAUGUGAAAUUGUUUUAAAAGAACUUGCUUCAUUUUCCUAACCAAAUUCAUUUUUUAAAAAUAUGGAUUUUAUGGUAAGAAUCUGAAAGUGUCUCUUCUAGAACUUGGCGUUUGUCUCAAGUUUUACAGCUUAAGAAAAUUGACUUAUUUUAAUUUCCAUAAAGUUUUUUACUAUGAAAUUUCUGUUCUAGUUGAUAGCUACUAACAGUUAAACCCCCUGUAUUGUAAUUGUAUGCGUUCUCUGUAUUGUAAUUUUGUAUAGGAAAAUAAGCUUUUCUUAACUAGAAUUCAUUCUGAGCUAAUUAAUCAGAACGUUGCUUUACCAAAACUCUCACUGGACUUUGCUCUCGGGUAGGACCUUCCAUCCUGUGUCAUUCCACAUAAUUCUUAAUUUAAUGUCUAGUGAAAAAAACCACCACAAAACCAAUGAAAAAAAACCCAACAGCAUCACCUGACUUCCCCGUGGAUGAUAGGUUUUUGUGCAUUCCUGCAGCUGUUAACACAGAGUCCACCCCUUUCAGUUGAGAUUUUAUCAAAGAUAAUAAACUUCCAAAGCUUU